CAGCGGGAUCGCUCCGCGCCUGUUUUGAAGUCUGGGGGACUUUUACCGGUUGCCACGUUUAGGGGAUUUUGGUCCAUGGCUAAAGCGGUGCAGGGGGCGCGGGGCGACCCACAGGAGCUGCUGGAGGAGGUGGAGCUGCAGAUAGAUGAUGCUGCCUUUUCACUGACAAAGCUUCUUGAAGCAACAUCUGCUGUGUCAUCUCAGGUUGAAGAACUAGCUACCAAGUGCAAAGAGAAUGCCCGCUUUCUGAAAGCUUGGAGAGACCUUCUGAAGGAGGGAUAUCAGUCAUUGCAACCCCAUCCUUAAUCUUCAAGUGAACUUAAAGAACCUUCAGUAUUGCUUUAGCAAGCAAGGAUCAGAAGUUCAGCCUCAGAAAUAAUGUAUCUGAUAUGUUUUAUGUCUGAUUGGGACAAUUUUGGAAAUAUUUAGCCUUGCCAUUUGGAUGAGUGCCGUUUCUUCCUGAGCACGGUGCACUUUUCAUUGCUGCAAAGUGUUUUUCUAUACUGACUCUUCUGAAGCGAUUACUUUUAUGUUAAAGCUACUGUACCGAAAAGUUCUCUGUGGUUGAGCUUCUUGUUGACUAAUUGUUCUACUGUGUGUAACCGUAUUCA